AUGACAGAAUACUGUGAAGCACUUACGGAGCCUAUAUGGAGCGUCAUAAUUGACCAUACGCUCCAGAUAGAUGUGGCAAUUCAGGUCGAACUAGACGAGCUCGAGGAGCAAGGUAUUGAACCAACGACGCAUCGGAGUCUGUCGAAGGUGUUAGACCAGGGCAUGUCAGAAGAUUCUGACAGCGAGGGGUCGUUGUCGUGUUCCUCAUCGGGAUCGCGUGGAGACAAGGACUUGGCUGGGACGAUAACCCAUGAUGACGAUGAUGCAUUUGAUGCACUAGAAGACCUGUCUGAUGAAGAUGGUUAUGACGCAUCUGAUGCACUUGAUCCUGGUCUGAGAGCGACCGAUGCUAUGCACGAGCCGGCGUGGAAUGAGGUUGCGGUACUUGCUGGCAAGCUUGAUGCGAUCAUGAAGGCACUGCACGAAUUCCUAGAACGACAGGUCGGCACGCCUCGCUCGCAAAACAUGCUGACCCGGCGGUAUCAACUGUACCAGACACUUUUGGGUCUAUUCACGCGUACCAUCCUCACUACUUUCAAGUCUCGGCAUGUACAGUUUAUCAUGUUCUGGUUCGCUUCGUUGGACCACGAGUUCGCUGAUAUGUUCCUUGGAACACUGCUAAGCAAAAGCCUGUAUGCUGUCCCGACUGCCGGUACGAGCGAGACUGGCGAGUCGGCAACCAUUCUCCGUAUCGCAGCUGCAAGCUAUGUAGCGAGCUAUGUUGCUCGCGCUCGGUACAUUGAUGCGUCGACAACGCGCAUGGUCGUCUUGAAUCUGUGUACAUUUAUGGAUGCAUGUCUUGAGGCGUUUGCCGCUCAAGGAGCGACGGCUCCACCGCCAGGGGCUCGUGAACAUGCGGUCUUUUAUGCUGUCACACAGGCGGUCUUCUAUGUGUUCUGCUUCCGCUGGCGCGAUUUGCGGGAUGGAGCUGUCUCAGAUGCGCCAUCGUUUGCUCUUGAUGACGAAGGUACGCCAUCGCUAGCAGCGACGUAUCCGACAGCAGGGUCUUUUGAGCUUUCGCCACAGCUUAUGCCUGUGCUUCAUGCUUCUUCAUUAUCGAGUGUUUCUUCAUCGACACCGUCUGUUACCGGCGAGCGGGGAUGGGCGCCAGGCCUUGCUGUUGUGCAGCGAGCUAUUACAUCGCCAUUGAAUCCUAUUCGAUACUGUAACGCGCAUGUGGUCCAACAGUUUGCCUAUGUGGCACAGUAUACGGACUUUUUGUACUGUUACUCGGUGAUGGAAGCGAAUGCAUACCGGCAGCAAGCCAGCUUCGCCGACACGGGCGGCGCGUCGCGACAAGCAGGAUCGCUGCCAGCCCGUCGAGAGGCCACGCCCACGACAGGGCCUAACGCGCAGCCUGGGGCGGCGACAGGCGCUCGCUCUGACGCGCCUGCUGCUUUGCCCACGCCCGCGCUUGAUAUCUUCUUCCCAUUCGAUCCUUAUCGCUUACGAGACUCGUCCUCGUUCGUGCAUCGACUGUACAGAGAAUGGGCUGAUGUGGCGCCAGACGAAGACGAUGCUGAGCAUGAAGAUGACGAUGGGGAUGCAGGUGAGGACGAAGAUGAACACGAAGAACGGGAUUUGGUUGGCGACGCCGAAGAGGGAGACGAUGAUGAUGACGACAUCUCCAUCUUGCCACAUGACGAAGUGACCAAGCUAAGCACGGUGCUAAAGCGGAGUCAAAAAGAUACCUCCCAUGCGAAUGCCACGCCCGAAUCGAUUGCUCAGAGCAUGGAAGCCAUGAGCAUUAGUCCUUACACGGGAUAA